AUGACUGACGCAGGCAAUCCUCCUCCUGACGCUCACUGGGAUGGGGCCGACCUAGGAGCUGCGGAUGAUGGUAGCGAUGGCGAAAAUUGGGACAAAAUCGAUAGACAAGGCAUAUUGUUGCUCUUGUGGAUACAUGGUUUCAAAGGAUCAUCAACCACGACCUUCUGUGACUUUCCGGCACGAGUGGCGCACAUGGUACAGGAGACGCAUCCCAACUUGGCCGUCUGCUCCGAGGUGUAUCCGACCUACGAGACUCGAGGCUCCUUAGCUGCGGCUUCGGAAGCUCUUCUCGAGUGGCUCACUCUUCGCGCUGUCGAGUUGGAAUGCAAGCCUCUAACGGAUGAGAAGACGGGUCAGGAGGUGCCAGCCAACGUAUCGGGCAGAGGCCUUGGUGCGGGCAGUGUCCGCAUCGUCCUCUGCGGUCACAGUAUGGGGGGAUUGGUGGCCGUGGAUGCGGCUCUUAGCGCUGCUUCGUCCGCGCCCCCAGGACCUCAUCGACACGACCGGCUCUGGCCCCGAAUCGUUGGUCUCAUUGCCUUCGACACGCCAUACUACGGUGUUCAUCCGGGAACAUUCAAGAACAGUGCAACAAAAUAUGGAGGGUAUCUGAAGCAAGCACACUCGAUUGGCACCCAACUAGCGCCCUUGGGAGCCGGUCUUGGGCUUUGGGGAGCUUCAAAGGCAGCAGCCAAUCCUGCCCCUGCAAAUGCUCAUAGGAUCGCAAAUGGUGCAUCGCCCUCGUCUGCUUCUUCGCAGUCGACAGGCUCGAAGCAGGAGCAGAAGAAGAGCAGCUCUUGGAGCAGUGCGCUCAUGAUUGGCGGUGCUGCUAUGACCGUGCUCGCCGGGGCCGCAGGGGGUGCUUACUUCGGCGGAGGCUUUGAAUGGCUGAACGAUCACUUCUUGUUCGUCAGCAAUCUCUGGGAUGAUCAGGGCCUAAAGUCAAGACUCGAGCGUCUCGUCGAUCAGCCACAAAUCUUCUUCCAUGCGCUCUACAAUCGUCUGCCUCCGCAGCCAGCCUCGUCGGACAGGCGCACCUUCAUCGUUCUCCCACCUGGCAGUUCGCCGGUCGGAGAGAGCUUCGAGCCCAUCGAAUGUCCAGGCGAUAUCGAUGAGGUGGGGGCACACAUGGCAAUGUUCGACUCACGGUCGAAGACAUACUUCAACAUGGGACUGCGUGCUGCUGCUCUGGUCGCGCAGUGCAUUGACAAUGAGACGGCUGAAACGACACCUGAGGCAACAGUCAAGCAGGAAUCGUCCGCUCCAUAG